UUAAAAGAAACAAAAUCCUCAAAAUAACACAAAUCCUUCUUCUCAAAUUAUAACUGAAGAUACAUUAGCUUCAGUCUAUCACGCAGGACGUCCAUCAAUAUUUUAUUUGGACGAUGACAUCACUUGCUCAAGGUGCCGGGACUAGCUUAAUUUAGCCUAGCUUGUUCGCCACCAACAAGCAGACGCGUUUCGUUGCGAGGCAGAGAUCAAGCGUCAACGGAAUUUUUUUCGGAUUGAUGGUGUGAAAAUGUGUGCCAAAAGGAUAUCAGAAAUGGAGAAUGAGCUUUGUGGAACAAAAGAGGACAACGACGCUGUUUUCAGGAAGUCUCGAGUUCACUCACGCAGAGCAGAUAUCAGUGAAGAUGUUCAUCCUGAGAGUCAGGCGCCAGAGCCCCUGGACAUUAAAGAGGAAGAUGAGUAUGAAGCAGUCCACCAUUUUAAAGAGGAAGAGGUGCAGCAGUCCCCUUACAUUAAAAAAGAGGAGGAGUCAGAGUGCCCUUGCAUGAAGGAGGAGGGAGAAGAACCCCUCUUCAUAAAAGAGGAGAAGGAGGAAGAGUAUAUCUGGAAGUUGCCAUCAACUGGUGUUCCUUUGAAGUGUGACGAUGAUGGUGAAAGUGAAGCGAGUCGAGGUGCAGAGCUUCCAAGCAGUAGCUCACCUCAACACAUGACAACAGAAGCAGAUGGCCUCUUAGCUCCACUAUCAGAUAGCGAUGACACUUUGUCACACACUCCUCAUACUGGUGUUGAUGAUGAAGAUGAUGAUAAUAAUGACGAGUUUGAAGCUGAUGUGACAUGUUACACGAAAAAGAAGCGCUGGAAAUGUUCUCAGUGUCGGAAAACCUACGCUUAUAAGAGCCGUUUGAAACAACACACAAGAACCCACACUGGUGAGAAACCAUUUGUCUGCUCACAUUGUGGCCGAAGAUUCUCUCAUAAGGUACACUUAAAAACACACACAAGAACCCACACCGGCGAGAAACCUUUUGCAUGUUCGCUUUGUGGCAGAAUAUUCUCUCAGAAAGGAAGCUUGAAAAGUCACAUCAGAACCCACACUGGUGAGAAACCUUUUGCAUGUUCAGUUUGUGCUCAAAGAUUCUCUCAUAAGACGAGCUUCGAAAUACACACAAGAACCCACACUGGGGAGAAACCUUUUGCAUGUUCUGAUUGUGGCAAGAGCUUUUCUGAAAAGUCCAUUUUAAAAACUCACAAAAGGACCCACACCGGUGAGAAACCUUUUGCCUGCUCAGUGUGUGGGCAACGAUUCUCUCAUAAUAUCAACUUAAAAACACACACAAGAACCCACACCGGUGAGAAACCUUUUUCCUGUUCAGUUUGUGACCAGAGAUUCUCUCGGAGGACAUACUUAAAAACACACACAAAAACACACACUGGUGAGAAACCUUUUUCCUGUUCAGAUUGUGGCCAAAGAUUCUCUCUGAAGCAUCACUUAAAAAUACAUUCCAGAACCCACACUGGUGAGAAGCCCUUUGAAUGCUUAGUUUGUGGCCAAAGAUUCUCUCAGAACGGACACUUAAGAAGUCACACGAGAACCCACAGUGGUGAGAGACCGUUUGAAUGCCAAAUUUGUAGCCAAAAAUUCUCUCAUAAGGGAGGCUUGAAAAGGCACACAAGAACCCACACAGGUGAGAAACCAUUUGGAUGCUCAGUUUGUGACCAUCGAUUUUCUCAGAAGGAUAAGAUCAAGAGACACAAGUGUAUUGGUUUGGGAGCGCAGGGUGCUGAUCCAUGAACUUAAAUUCUGGACUGCUGGCUCAGCUCAUCUCCAUAUUUGAAGAGACAGUAAGUGAGGUUUUAACAACAAAGAUGACCUACUUUGCAAAAGAAAUCAUGUGGACGUCGCAUACACGAACACAAACUAUAUCAUGAAAACAUGCACACAGCUGAGCGCGAUCAAUUGGUUGGGUACUCCUGACCACAUGUUUUUGCAAUAGU